AAAGAUAACAACAACUCGUAACUUUUUUUUUUCUUUUUUUCUUUUUCUAAUUACUGCACCCUCUUGCGCCACAAGUAACUUGGUAAAAAGAUCUUUUACUUUACUAGGAUAAUUUCUCGAAGUUUCUGAAGAAAGAACCCUUUUUGUUUUGUUUGGUCCUCUACUCGCAAUCUCAAUUGUCUCUGUAACGUCCUUACUUCUUCAUCAUUCUCUUUGCGUUUCUUCUGCAUCUUUUUGCGGUUCACGUGUUGAUUGCUUUUGUCUCCCAUCUUUUUGUCUGUUACUAAAACUUUUUUUGCAAAAUUGGGUUUUCUCUGAUAAAAACAGAGUCUUUCAAGUUUCUUCUACUUUGGGUAUAACGAAGAUUCGAUAAAGUUUCAUAUUGUUCCCUUUGAUGUUGUAUAAUCCUAACUCCUAGGAAAGUAAUGAUGAUGAUGAAGCUUGAGGGAAGUUAUUAGUCUGACGAGGAAGAUAUAAAACCAUUCACAAAAGAGAAGAAAUUGAAAACUAGAGAGAGACAACAGUCAUGGAGAUCAAGUCUUACCAAACUCAAGCAGAGCAGUUUGUUGAACACUACUUAUUAGCAGAUCCAUAUCUUCCAUAUACUUCUGUUCUUGCUGGAAUCUUUCUCUGCAAAUUGGUGUAUGAUCUUACGGAAUUAUUCAGCUCAAUUCAUAUCAAAUCAUACUCAGCUCUCACAAAAAUAAAGAGAAUUGAAUGGAACAACAGGGGGAUUUCUACAGUUCAUGCGAUCUUUAUCUCAUUCAUGGCCUUCUACUUUGUGUUCUUCUCUGACUUCUUUUCUGACCAAAGAAGCCAUCAAGACUUUAACCUUAUGGUGUUUCGUAGCUCUCCUCUUUCCAACUUUGGUUUAGGAGUAUCGGUUGGUUAUUUUCUUGCGGAUCUCGCAAUGAUCUUUUGGUUAUACCCUUCUUUAGGAGGAUCAGAAUAUAUUUUCCAUCACUGCUUAUCUGGAACAGCAGUAGCGUAUUCUCUCUUCUCUGGAGAAGCUCAGCUUUACACAUACAUGGUUUUAAUCUCUGAAUUGACUACACCAGAGAUUAAUCUUAGAUGGUACCUUGACAUUGCUGGUUUGAAGCGAUCAAAAGCUUAUCUUAUUAAUGGAGUUGCUAUUUUCUUUGCUUGGUUGACAGCAAGAAUUCUUCUAUUCGUCUACAUGUUUUACCAUGUCUACACCCACUAUGAUCAGGUGGUACGAAUGCAUACAUUCGGUUAUCUACUGGUUUUCGUUGUACCGAUUGCAUUGAGUGUCAUGAACUUGAUUUGGUUUGGUAAGAUAGUGAAGGGAUUGAAGAAAACUCUUGAGAAAAGACACUGAAGAACAAUAAAUCUUUUUUUUUUUUGGUUUUCUUACUUCUUAAUGUAAAUAUAUAAAGCUCUUGUGUUGAAUUUUUACAGAUUCAAAAGCAACAAAUGGUUUAUUUAUUUAUUUUAUUUUACUGUUUACACU